AUAUAAUAAGCUGCGCAGCCUCUUCUCUGCUCCGUUGUCGAGGAGGAUAAAGACCUAAAAGGAGAUAAAAGGAGAAAUGGUGCAGCGUCUUGUAUACCGUUCGCGUCACAGCUACGCCACCAAGUCCAACCAGCACAGGAUCGUCAAAACCCCAGGUGGUAAAUUGACAUACCAGAGCACUAAGAAGCGUGCAAGUGGACCCAAAUGCCCCGUUACCGGCAAGCGUAUCCAGGGUAUCCCUCACUUGAGGCCUGCUGAGUACAAGAGGUCUCGAUUAUCCAGAAACAGGAGGACCGUGAACCGUGCUUAUGGUGGUGUUUUGUCUGCUUUGGCUGUUAGGGAGAGAAUCGUCCGUGCUUUCCUUGUGGAAGAGCAAAAGAUUGUGAAGAAGGUCUUGAAGCUCCAAAAGGCCAAGGAAAAGGUUGCUCCCAAGAGCUAGAGAUCCUUUUUUCUCCUUUUCUUAAAAAAAAAAUAUUUUAAUUGUUGUGUGACUCUGUCCUAGCAAUAGUUACUGGUUGCAGACGUUGAGAGAAACAUUAUGUGUUCGUCAAAAAUUUUACGCUUUUGUUAUUCGUUGUGCUCUUUACUCUGUCGACAUUUAUCAAAUCUUGUCUUCUCGUUUUAUAUA